AUGCAUGUUCAUACAAAUGAUAAACCGUAUGAAUGUAAAAUUAAUGGUUGUCGCAAAUCAUAUACACACCCUUCUUCACUUCGAAAGCAUUUAAAGGUACAUUGUAAAAGUGGACAAUGCUUAUCACCAGAUUUAGAUGAUAGUGGCGGUGAUAAUGGACAAACAAAUAUUAGCAAUGAUAAUGCUAAUACUUCUUCAACAAUAACACUAUCUGGUCUCUCUUCUACAGAACAAUCAUUUCAAUUAGCUCAAGAUUCUCAUCGCUCAUUAUUUCUAAAUCCGAUCAAUCAACAAUGUUUUCCAAGGUUUUCAACAAAUAAUCCAACGAUGCAUGGUGGUUUUGUUGCGCCUAAUCCGUAUCAAACUUCAAACACAACAAUGAUGUCAACAAAUGGAAACUUUCAACUACCUGAUUUUAAUGUUUAUACACAUUUUUCACCAAAAAUGUCCAUACCGUAA